AUGACAACUCAAGCUAUACCUAUUAAGAAUAAUUCUUCACUUAUUUCGUUAAAACCCGGUCAAGAUGACUCGAUAAAAGCUGAUCUUUUCACUUCAACUGAUCAUACAAUUCUCACGAAUUCCAAUUCCUUAUCUUCUUCAGACCUACCAAAUUAUCAAUCUCAAAAGCAUAAUAACUACAACAAAGCCAAUAAUAACAGUAACUUGAUAAGUGAAAAAGAAUCUGUUAAUAAGAAUAAAAACAAUCACUCGACAAGUUAUAUUUCUUCACCCUUACAGGGUAAAAAAUGGCCAAUAAGUUCGAAUAUACGGACAGCUUCACACUCAAUUAAAAUAAAUUGUCAAGAAAAGUUAAAGGAGUGUAAAGUUAAACAAUUGGAUCUAAGGCUUCGGAAUCCUGAAAAAGUACAGUCAAAACCUCUUAUGAAUGAAAAAUCAGUAUCUACAGGUGAACAAUUUCAUGAUAAAUUUCAAUCCACACAAAACAAUCAAUUAAAUUUGUGUAUGUCGCCAAGAUGUCCACCAGAUGGUGCAGCAUUUCAUGAAAUAUCUCCAUCUACUGUCAGCAAAUCUAAAAAACCUGUAAUAUAUGAAAACUUAAUUGACAGGUAUUUGUUAGUAGGACAUGAGAAUUAUUUAACUAAAGAGUUUUCAAAUCAACCGCUGGUUACUCCUACUGUUACAAGCGUCAAUACAAGCACUGUAACUAAUGCUACAGGCGCUACAAAUUACUACUUAAAUAGCAAUGUUAAAAACUGUUCAACGGAGAAAGUUCCACAACUUCAAGAAAUACAAACUUUGGGUUUGCAAACAAGCAGUGAAACAAUGACAGUCACUCCGCAUAAUCUAUCACAGGAUUCUCAUCUUGUUCAUACAGUUAUUGAUAAGAAUAAUUUGACAUCAAGUUUCCCAAAUCACUUUCCAUCUGCAAGCAACCAAACUAUAAAUAAUACCCGUAGACCUCUUUCACCAAGCAAUUCAGGUAACUGGUUUCCACCACCUCCUCCGCCACCACUUCAGGAUUCAAUAGCUGAUUGUACAGAUCUGAGAAGUAAAGCCCCACAUUAUCAUGAACACUGUCGUCCAGAUGAAGUUCAUCCAUCACUUAUUAAGACAGUUCAUAAUCCCACUUUGAGUAAUAACGCCAAUCUAAAUGCAUCUUCGGCUACUUCUAAGCUCAACCCUAUAACACAAAUUAUCACAUCAUUUUCUUUAAACAGCUCCGAGUUAUCUCCAUCUCCUCCAACACCACCAUUACCCCCACCAUCUACUCCACCAGGUCCACCUUCAGUCCCGCCAAGACAUCCAGCUACCACGUUGCAGUACAAAACACUACCAGAUGGUUCGCCGAAAGUUACAUCUAAACAACCUGAAAAGAAUAUUACCACUGAACAGUCAGACAACAGAAAGUUAGCCGAUACUGUUGGUUCAUCAUCUGCACCUACUUUGUCGUCUUCAUCUAAAAAUACUAAUUUAGUUGACACUCUGAGUAUCCAUGAUACUAUGAAUCAGUUGGAUAAAAAUCGAAUUUCAUUCACUGAACCUAUUCAAGAUCAUAAAUCUGAGUCACCUAAAAGUCAUUCUGGCCUACCAGAAUCGAAGUUACAAGUCACUAUCUCAACGAAUACAUCUGAUGAAAAUAAAACAAAGUCAGAAAAGUAUCCACCUGAUGGAAGAUCUGUUGUUCCAUGGGAUUCCAAUCGAGAAAAUAUCUCAAUAAUUUCUUCAUCUUUAUCACCUACAAAAUCUUGUAGAACAGAUGAAACUAAAAUGACUGAAACACAACCUACAACAAUAACUUCGUCUUCAUCACUUCCUGAUAGAAAUAUUAUAUGGGCAUUUUCUCAACUACCGAUUACUACCUAUCCACUAGAAAAUUUAAACGUUCAUCAGUUUGAUUCACUCAACUCUACAGUGUUAGCACAACAAUCAGAGAAUCCAACUGAACCUAAAGGGUCACAAGUAAAUCGGAAACAAAAUGCAGAAGCAACCAGACCAAAUUAUUUAUCACAGUAUAUGAUAGUAAAAUCUACAGAAACUGGUCACCCAUCAUUUAAACGUCUAUUAUCUCCCGAUGAUCUGAAAAAGCAACAUCUUAUUCAAAAACAUCACAGUUCCACAAAUAAAUCUGAUUUAAAUAAUCCUCUUCUAUUAGAGGAUGGUAGGAAAGAAGAAUUUGUUCAUUUCGCUUAUCCACUUAAUGAUUCAAUGGUUUUUAGUCAUCAUGAUAAAGAAUUUGUAAUCAAUAGUCAAUCAGAUAUGCAUACAAAUCAACCAGUUGAUUUAUCUUGGUUGAGAGCCCAACAAAGAGCUGAAUUGAUUGAUGCAAGUAAAUCACGAAAUGUAGUUCAUCGUUCCUGUCGUGACUUUUCUCAACAUCAAUUCAGUGCAGAACCGGUAUUUGUAAAUAUGAGGCCAGACUUUAUGCACGUAUCCCCAUCACUAACACACAAAGAACAUACACAACAUGUAACCACCUCUAAGCACUCACCUACUACUAAUAGCCAUAAAAAUAGUUACAUUUUAAUGACACAAUCAAGUUUACCAGCUGGAUUCCCCGAACAACAAUCGGAUUUUUACAUACACUAUAAGCAUAAAUCAGACAACCUGGUUCAUACGAACUCCAAGUUCCUCACAAGUGAUUCUACUCAACAACAAAAUUAUCGUCAAAGGAAUCAUUCAUAUAACCCUAACAACUCUUGUACGACAGAAUCACUUGCACCUAGUUACAACAGUAGUAUGACGCAGUCUGUAUUCUUCCCGUUAGAUUCAGGAUGGGGUCCACCAGCGACUAAACAGAGUGAGUCAACCAGUGGAAAACACAAAAAACACCGUUCCAAUGUAAUUCGUUCACAUAGUCAACGUAAUCCAGAUUCUUAUUUCGGUGUAGAGUGUAAUCACUUCAGCCUAUCUUCAGAACAAUCAAGAUAUGCUAUACCUCCAAAAUAUUAUUACAAUCGAAGUUCCAGUCAAACUGUACCAGUUAAUCCGGGUGGUAAUUCUGUUUGGCCACAGGUUAUGGUUCAGUGGCGUGAACGACGACCUAAUGGGGCUGCCAGUUCAGAGAACUUUUCAGAUAUGUUUGAUGCUCAAAACAUCAAAGGAUACAGUGGAAAUAUUCACAUUCCAGCUGAUUGUAAUAGACGUCAAAAAUCAGAAGAUUUGCAACGUCAUCAUUAUAGUACAACAGCGAUAUCUGAACAACUUGAAAAUCAACUGUGGUUUCAUCAUGAUUUGCCUCGAGCACAUGCUGAGAAGUUACUGAAAACAACUCCGACAGGUAGCUUUCUUGUGCGGAGGAGUGAAACCAGCAAAACGGAGCUAUCACUAUCAAUAAAACGAGAAAAUGAUGUCUUACAUAUGAAAAUAUCUCAAGAUCCUGAAACUAAAGCUUAUGUUCUAGGUGAAUAUAGUCAGCCAUAUCCAAGUAUUUCGGCUAUGAUAUAUCGUUAUUCACGAACCUUACUACCAGUACGUGGUACAACCCCGGUGUUGCUACGCUUCCCAGUUAGUCGUGUUGCAUUUUCACACUAA